AUGAAUAGACAAUUCUUCAAUUCACUCUUUAUUAUUUUUCUCAUUCAUUUGUUAGCAUUAACCAUUGAUGCUAAACAUACUAAACAUGCUAAACAUAAAUAUCAUAAAUAUCAUCCGCAAUCUUUUAGAACAUGUACUAUCACUGAUAUUAGUUCUGAAACAGUAACAUUCACUAUAGCCUGUACAACAGAAACACCUACUUUGAGCGCUUGCCCUGAUAACGAACAGGUACCUGAUGAUUGCGAUAAAUGCGAACAAACAACAACAGUAACUUUCAUACCUACUUCAACCGUUUGUGCUCCUACCUGUAUUCCUGAUGGAAGUCCCUGUCAAUCUGAUGAUCAAUGA